GAGCGAAUCGUGCAUGUAGCGAGCGCACUCGAUGGAUGCUUCGUGGCAUGAAGAAAGCCGGGCAUGUCAUGGUAGGCAUGCACAGCCAUGCAAGCAGAGUCACGACGAGUUGGGACAAAACCAGAUCUCGCCUCUUCAAAGAGCAAGACCGGGUAAGACCACAAGGGAGCCAGCAUCCAACCUUUGAACAUCAUCCUACUUGGUGCGACCUGGUCGACGCCUCAUUCAGUGCUACAGAAGCGAAUCGCACAGGCGUGGUCUUGUCGGCAGAAGGGCUCGUCCAGCCGGCAGCUGCAAAGAUGGCCUCCCGAAGCGCCCCCCGGUCUGUGGUCCGUACCGCCUUGGCUUCGACCUCCACCGCUCGUCAAGCUUGCGCUUGUCGUGUCUCCUCUGCCCCACGCAUGAGCGCUAUGGCAAUUCUGAGGCACUACUCUUCACCUAGCGAGCCGAAGCGAGCCGAAGCUGGGACCGCUGCGACCGAGGCUGGUCCAUCUAGCACACAAGCGCUUCCACAAGCUGCUCCUGCAGGAUACGGUCCGCCUGCAGGAAUCGUCUCGUCAUGCCCAGAAGGAACGUUGCUGAAGGGUCUCGCGUUGCUAAAGGAUCAGCCCGAGCCUGUUGCUCUACCAGACGCCUCUUACCCAACAUGGCUCUGGUCGCUAGCAGGGACAACUGGAGGAGGCUCGGACGUUACGUCGUUGGGUGCAGCUGCCACCAAGGGAGAGCUCAGAAUCGCUUUGAAGAGGGCGAAAAAGGCUAAAAGGUUGGCGGAUGCCAAGGCUAGCAAGACCGGUGCUCAGGCGCAGCAGGUCGAGGAGGUCCCGAAGACGCCAGAGGAGAUCAAGAAGCAGCUUAGGAAAAAGAAUAGGGAACGGAUCAAGGCCUCGAACUUUGUCAAGGCCGCUUAAGAUGGAUCAUCGGAAUGCAUACAUGAGCACACGCACGUCUGGCGAUCAAACAAGCAAUUCUACGGUCUGUUUUGAGCAUGGGCAGCUGUUCC